CGGGUGUAAGCCAAAGCAGGAAUUACUAGUAUAGAAUGGGAGAAAUUAAAUGAAUCUUCCAUGGAAACACAGUUACUGAACCUCCCUCAAGCCCAUUACAUGAACUCACUCUCCUCCAAGCUAAAACCCCUUCUUUCUUCUUCCUCUUCUAAACUUGUACCUUUCUACUCACUCUCUCUUUCUCUGAACCCACACCACCAACCAUCAUCAACAACAAGAAGAGUUUUUGCAACGAACAGCGUCAAGCUCUCUGCUGCUGAUGCUGCUGCUGUUGCUCUGAAGGAGAGUUGGUUGGACUCUCUGUCUUGCCCUUUGCCUGACAGCGGAGAGGAUCCGACCCGGAGUAAUGCGGAUUCCAAUUGGGUCAUUGGUAUUGACCCUGACCUCUCUGGUGCCUUGGCUCUCUUGAGAACUGACUCUUCCGGUUGCUCCGCCCAGGUAUUUGAUUCGCCGCACUUGCCUGUUCGAGUUGGGAACAAAGUUCGGAAACGUUUAGAUGCCAGGUCUAUUGUUCAGUUGGUUCGAAGUUUAGAGGCUCCAAUUGGUACUGCUGCAUAUAUAGAGCAAUCUAUCCCCUAUCCAAAAGAUGGGAAACAGGGUUGGUGGAGUGGAGGAUUUGGGUAUGGAUUAUGGAUUGGAAUACUGGUUGCCUCUGGGUUUUCUGUGGUUCCAGUGCCGUCUUUGUUGUGGAAGAAAGGGUUUGAACUCACUGGAGCUGGUUGUACAAAGGAUGAUAGUCGGAGAAUUGCAUCAACUUUAUUUCCCUCAUUGAGUGAUCUAUUGAAAAGGAAAAAGGAUCAUGGACGGGCUGAGGCACUUCUCAUUGCUGCAUAUGGAAAAGGUCUGAGAAUGAAGGUAGAUCCGUCACUUGUCAUAGAAAAUUUGGUCCCAUGAAGCCGGCAGUUUGUACCAGUGGCCAACUUCCUAUACCGCAGUUCAUCUUUGCAUUGCUGCAGUUUGAACUGUUAACCAUCUGGUAAGGCUAAUUUGAAUGGUUAAUGGUAUGAAAGUAGGAGAUUAUAGACUGCAGCUUGAGGAUUGCAUUCAGAGAGCUCUAAUGUCUAUAAACUUAUUGAGAGUGAGCUGGCUUGACCGAAGUUGUAUAUUUUAUCUUUGUGGAACCAAUAUCCUUACAAGGUACAUUGCGCUGUAAGUUAGCAUAUGAAGGAAUAUUUUAGGGAACCUAAAAUUUUUUUAAUGAAAAGCAUAUUUUUGAAGCAGAUCCAUUCUGCUUGCA